GCCAAUCAGUGGGCACGGCGCGCGGAGGGCGCAGCGUCGACCCUUUGUGGGCGCUGAGUGGCGGUCGCACGCCCCGCCCCGCGCCGGCGGGAGCUCCUCCCUCAGCGGCGGGAAGCUGGUGGCGGCGGCGGUGGCGGCGGCUGAGCAGAGGAGCCGGCGGGCGGCCUCGCGGGUCAGGACACAAUGUUUGCACGAGGACUGAAGAGGAAAUGUGUUGGCCACGAGGAAGACGUGGAGGGAGCCCUGGCCGGCUUGAAGACCGUGUCCUCGUACAGCCUACAGCGGCAGUCGCUCCUGGACAUGUCUCUGGUGAAGCUGCAGCUUUGCCACAUGCUUGUGGAGCCCAAUCUGUGCCGCUCAGUCCUCAUUGCCAACACAGUCCGGCAGAUCCAAGAGGAGAUGACGCAGGAUGGGACGUGGCGCGCAGUGGCACCCCAGGCUGCAGGGCGGGCGCCGCUCGACCGCUUGGUCUCCACUGAGAUCCUGUGCCGUGCAGCGUGGGAGCAAGAGGGGGCACGUCCUGCCCCUGGGUUGGGAGAUGGCCACACACAGGGCCCAGUUUCUGACCUUUGCCCAGUCACCUCAGCGCAGGCACCAAGGCACCCGCAGAGCAGCGUCUGGGAGAUGGAUGGCCCUCGAGAAAACAGAGGAAGCUUUCACAAGUCACUUGAUCAAAUAUUUGAAACACUGGAGACUAAAAACCCCAGCUGCAUGGAAGAGCUGUUCUCAGAUGUGGACAGUCCCUACUACGACCUGGACACAGUACUGACAGGCAUGAUGGGGGGCGCCAGGCCAGGCCCCUGUGAAGGGCUCGAGGGCUUGACUCCAGCCACCCCGGGCCCUAGUUCCAGCUGCAAGUCUGACCUGGGCGAGCUGGACCACGUAGUGGAGAUCCUGGUGGAGACCUGAGCAGGAGCCCUGAGCGCUCACAGCCGCCUCUGACGCAUGGACACGUCAGCACUGGCUCCCACGGAGGGUGUGCCUGCCGCCAGCGGCCCAGCCUUGCUGCCCUGUCCCAGAACAGCCCAUUACCAGUGGGGUCUGCAGCCCCAGGCCCAUCCCACUUACUUCCCCCCUGUGGAGGGCCAGGCAGAGGCUGUUCUCCUGGAAGGCUUCUGUCUCUGGGCCAGUUCUGAUGUCCCCACAGCCCUGGGACCUUUGUGUCUCUUUGUGUCCCCCACUGUAGAGGACGGCAGGCCACAGCUGCAUCAACCUCCUUUACAUUUAGAUAGGUGAAUUUUUACAGUUCAGUUUUAUAUGUUUUGGGCAGUAUUUUAAGAUAUAUUUUUUAAACUUUUUAUACCUUAUCUCUUUAGAUUUUUUCAGCUAUUUUCUUAAAAGUAUAUUUUUUCUAUAAACAUCCUUUGCUGCUACAUUAGAACUUUUAUAGCCUAAA